UUCAGUUCGCUGUGCCGCGCGCCGAUCAGUACACGUGCUUGGGAUAUGACUGUUCGGAAACUGGUUGUUGCGCGCGUACUCAAAUAGUCUGGACCAUUUGCGCGAUACGCUUUCGCGGCUGCAAUUCGCAGGAGCGCAACAUUUCUUUCAAGCGCUUCGAACAAUAAACUACUGGAAAGUGUUUGAUACUUUUCAUUGCACACACUUGCUACGCCCCUUCUCGAGUUUAGUUCUUCAGUUUAACCGAAAACCACGAAAAAGAAAAUUCAAGUAGGAAAUUAGCUCGCUGAAUUGAACAUCAUUUAAUGGCAUAAUGCUGUUGAAAAUACGUAUAUCGUUUAGUAUCAUAAACGUUAUAUAUGCAAUAUUUCGUCGCAUCUUAUUGCUCAUUUACAAGAAACCGUCAUGUAUACCGCCGAUAACACAUCCGAUACACAUGUUGAGUGCCACGACGCUCGCUAGAAAAAUAAGACAGAAAGAGAUUACGAGCUGCGAAGUAGUGGAAGCGUAUAUUUCGCGCAUUAAAGAAGUAAAUCCUUUCAUUAACGCUGCCAUUGACGAACGAUUUUCCGAUGCACUAAUCGAGGCGAAAAAUUGUGACGAGCAAUUAAAAAAGGGCGAAUUUGAUAUAGAAACUUUAGAGAAAUGUAAACCGCUGUACGGUGUUCCAAUUAGCAUUAAGGAGUGUCUAGCUGUAAAAGGCUUGAGCCACACAGGUUGCACUUUGCCUCGUAAAGGAGUGAAGGCGGAUUACGAUGCAGAGGUUGUCGAAAUGGUCCGAAAUGCCGGUGCGAUACUACUGUGCGUUACGAAUACGCCGGAGAUGUCUACCGGCUAUGACAGCACGAAUUUGUUGUACGGCCGCACCUGUAAUCCUUACGACACUAGGUAUUCGCCUGGUGGAUCGUCCGGUGGAGAGGGUGCAUUGCUCGGAGCAGGUGCUUCCGUGAUGGGUAUUGGUUCGGACAUGGCUGGAUCUAUAAGACUGCCGGCUUUUCUAAAUGGCGUUUUCGGACACAAACCCACGCCUGGAGUUGUUUCGACUAAUGGACACUUCCCAUGCACCGAUGACGCAUUCCUUCAAAUGCUCCUGACCAUUGGUCCAAUGACCAAAUACGCCGAAGAUCUCAGUUUGCUUAUGAAAGUGAUGACAUCAAAGUGCAAUCGCGACUUACGUUUAGACGUACCAGUGGACUUGAAACAAAUAAAGAUCUAUUAUCGAGAAGGUUUGGACAGGUCAUUCGGCAUAUUGUCAACGCCGCCGAAAAUUGAGAAUUGCGUUCGGCAAGCCGCUAAUCAUUUCGUUCGAUACGAUAUUCCCGUGAAGAAGUUACCGAUAGAAUGGCCAGUUACGAUUAUUGAAAUUGUGAUGACUCAACUUUUGCAAGUAAAGGAUACACCUCGAUUGCUGGUGGAUGCGAACAAUUCCGAGAGCCAGAAAAGUCCAGCCGUCGAAUUGAUGAAAGCUUUAUUCGGUUUAUCGCAAUACACGAAGCAGUUGCUUACCUUAGCUAUACCGUUUAAAACGCAUUUUCCAUUGACGAAGUCAGAGAUAUUGUAUUACUCAAAGCAGACAAACGAGCUUCGACAGAAACUACUGGAUCUGUUGGGGGACGAUGGAGUACUUAUUUAUCCAACCUUCCGAAAUCAGUUUCUUCCGCAACUUCUGCUAUGCGAAUUAUUAUCCUUUUCGAAUUGUGCUUUAUUCAAUAUUUUCGGCUGUCCCGCGACACACGUCCCGAUGGGAUUGGAUCAUGAAGGGAUGCCAGUAGGCGUUCAGGUCAUAGCCGCGCCUUAUCAAGACCGUCUCUGUCUGGCGGUUGCAAAAGAGCUGGAGAUGGCCUUUGGUGGAUGGGUGCCACCAUCGGUAUCGAUAGGCGAUAAAGUAUCUGAAGGCUUUUGUAAAUAAAUUGAAUCUAGCUGGGCAAUUGUAUUUUUACUACAGAGGCAAAUGGCGCACAAAUAGAGGCUGUGGUAACACUGAUCUCAUCAGCAAUCUCUCUUACGAUAUUUCCGCACUAAUCCAGAAUGGUGGCGUUAUCAAAUGAAAUAUGCUCUUUAAUGCUAAAAGUUUAUUAAUAUUUAUGUAUAUAUAGACAUUUAUUAAUAUUGUCGUAUAAUUAUUCUUAAGCGCAGCAACCACGUGGAUACUAAUAGAUCACUCGGAUGAGAUCACUGCCACUUUACAGCUUUAUCAAUCGCACGAAAUCUUUGCAAAAUUUUAUUUGACACGUAUUACUACGUUCACAAUUAUUCGGCUUGCACAGUACACUAACAACAUAAAUUAUUCAUGUUCGUUAAUUUUUUUCUAAUUUUUUUCUAUUUCGAACGACUUAAUCUAAUAAAUAUCAUCAUUACUAACGCAAACAAAUUUUGUAAAUAUCAUAUUAAUUUUUUGUCAAAGCUUAAAAAUAUCCCGCACAGUUGCGAGUUGCGAUUUCUGCGUGCGAGCGCGCUCUCGCGACUGUUCGCUAUGUUCGCUCGAUUGCUCGGCCAAUUAAUGCGCCUCGCGUGCUAUUUCCCGGUUUGCCCCGUCCCAUUUCGAUUAUCAUCGCUGUAAUAAUUCCGCGCGGCGUCUCGUAUCCCGCGGUAAUUAUUAAUUAAUUGAAUUUGAAGCAAUAAAUUAAUAUACGGCAACAACGAAAAGUGUCGCAAGACACUAUUUAAGUACAUAGACGUUACUACAAAGAAAAAACAAUCCGAUAUUAGUAUCAAAUAAAAAUUAAUGUAUUCUGUUUAACAAUUACUGUUUCAUGUUUAAGGGAAAUAUUUUAUUUUUGCUUGUACACGAAACAAUAUUUGUUCGGAUGUACGUACGACACGUCUCUCGCAAAAAAGGAAUGGAAGUUCGUGCCUUUGCUCGAUGAAACUUGAUAAGUUUUGUGUCACGGUACAGCAACAAGAUUUAUAUAGAAUUUCCAAGGGUAAAAUUUCAUGAUUCUCAUUUUCCAUAAUCGGUUGAUCGUGUCGAAGUAUAGAAAGUAUUUUGCCGUAAACAUUAUUUUUGUUAAUUUUCUUGCGGCAAGACAAUUCCUUAGUUGUAUUCUAUAAUAAAAAUACAGUUGUAGGAAAAAGGAA